AAGCCGCACUCUGGUGCUCUCCUCCGCGCCGCCGACAUCAUGGACGCUCAGCGACAGUUGCACUGGGCCGUGGCCCUGGCCGCCCUCGUGGUCUGCGGCGCCGUGCCCGCCCAGAGGGAAGUCUUCUACAACCAGCCCUACCCCGCGUUCUACAGCCCGCAGUACCAGGCCUACCAGCCGCAGCAGUACCAGCCCUUCCAGGCGUACCAACAGCCGCUGCAGGUAAGGUCCGCCGUGCCGGCCGUGCCCCAGUACCAGCAGUACCAGCAGCAGCAAUUCCCGCAGUACCCGUACCAGCGCGUGCUGGUGUACAACCCCGCCGCUGGCCAGGUCGGCCAGGUGGGCCAAGCUGCCUACCCGCAGCACCUGCCCGCCGGCGUGUACAACCUCCCCGCCGGGUCGUUCCUGCCGCUGCCCCUCCGCGCCGAGGGUGAGACCGGCGGCAGCACCGGCGGAUUCCCCUGGGGCAACCCCUCCGAGUACCUCACCGUCCUGCAGAACUACUGGCAGAACUUCUCCACCACGGGCACCUUCAGCGGGAAGCCCCCGGCGGAGGCCGCUGGCGCCAACCCGACUCCAGCGGAAUCUCCCGCCGAGCCCACCGCCCCCUCCGCUUCUUCGGAGGGUGCCAAGAAGCCAGAGGCCCCCGCCAUGCCCGCCGCCCCGGAGAUGCCCGCCGCCGCCCCCGCGAUGACCGAGACCCCCGUCAGCACGGCCCAGCGCUUCCUCGUCGUGUCCCAGCCGCAGGUCGUGGCCAACCCCGCGGCGCUGCCCAGCGCCUCCAACGGCGCCGUCUCCACCUACCUCCUCCUCCGCAACGAGCCCUUCUACGGCUUCUCGGCGCCACAGCAGCAGGAGCCCAACCUGCGCGUGCAGCCCGGCCAGCCGCAGCAGCAGACCGUGCUGCCGUCCGCGUCCGGCCCCAUGAUCCUGGUGCGCACCGCCGACAACAAGUACGGGCUGGCCGCCGCCUCCAACCCCACGCAGGUCAUCGUGUCCGGCGAGGGCAUCCGCGCGCGCGACGACGUGCAGGUGUCCGGACCGGGCAGCCAGGGCCUGGCCUUCCAGAGGUUCCUCGUGGCGCGCCAGGGACAGCAGGCGCCCGGCUUCUACCCCGCCCCUCACCCUGGCGUGGUGCACUCCCUGACCGACGAGUCCAUCGCCGUGGAGGCGCUGAGGGACGCGACCAACUCGUCUGAGGCGGAGACUCCCGCCCCCGCCGCCACGACCGCGGCGCCGACCGCCAACAACGACGAGGAGGUCGUGGACUCGGACGAGAAGCCAGUGUCGAUCGCCCAGGUACGGUCUGGCGUGCAGCAGGACGGGCAGGACGAGAAGGGAACCUCCCCCGUGGUCGUGGUGCCGGUGACGGUCGCCCUGGCGACGCGCGGCGAGAAGGACACCCCCAACGCCGUGGCCCCAGCCUCGACGGGCAAGGACGGCGGCAAGGACGACGUGUUCCUCGAGGCUCUCGUCCUGGGAGAGGGGGUGCUCGACAACGGCGCCGCGGCCUUGGACAAGGCGCAGUGGGAAGAGCUGCACAAGCGUUUCGGCCCCGACGUGGCCGUCAUCCUGAUGGACGGCGCCGACAGUGGCGUUGACGGGGAGGGUGUUGACGGGCAGGGCCGACGCCGCCCGCUGUCGAUCAUCAGGCGGGUCGUGAUCCGGAUGGGCACGCUGGCGUACAACCAGCUCAUCAAGCCGCAGCUGCCCUUCGGCGGCGCGGGGCUGGGCGCGCUGGGCACCACCGGGGGGCUGCUGCUGGGGUAGCUGCAGCAGUGCAGCGUGCUGCAGGGGUAGGCGUUCACGGGGUGCUCGAGGGACAAGUUGUGCUCGGGCGGAUGCUUUUUGAAUCUGAAUGUGAAUGUUUGGUUCCGGCCUUGCGGGCGGCACGCGGGUCCGGCCGGGGCACGGCAGCUCCGGACAAUGUAGCACACCAUAGCGGUGAGUCGAGAUAAAACGAAAUAACUGGAAUGGUAAUGAAAAUGGUAUGGAAUCAUGUCUUCCGCACGCAGAUUCAACAAGGAGGAGAUUCGUUCUUACUUCCCUCUUCACAUAACACCGGCCUGAUUCUGAUGUGUUCUUUUGGCGUCUGGUGCGAUGAAGUGGUUUAACGACCAUGUAUAUACCCUGUACUAAUAACCAAAAGUAACCGCAUCUUGCUUCUUGUGUGAGCGUCCUCACUUGAAUCCCUUUCUUCCCCGUUAGCGGGUGAGUGGGUGCCGACAGGCCUGACCUUUCACGAGAAACGAGUACCGCAGUAGUUGGCCUGCGAACAGCGCUUUUGUCUUUCUCGCUCUCCAACGGGACGCCCCGCGAGUGCGACAGAGACAGGGCGGCGAAAGCGCUGUUGGGUCUGCGGCGUCACCGUCUCCCC